UGGUCACUCUUAUAUUUGACCGACACGACCAAAGAUAAGACACGGUUUCCGGUAAGAAUCUUUUGAAGGGCGUAACGCAAUGUAUCUAAAGUCUAAACAAACAUUACUUUAACUUAAACUCCUGUGUUUUUUUAAGCUUUCUUUGGACCGACCACCACAGUAAUCACAAGCGAGCUUUCGUGGAAAGUGCAAACAACCUCGUACUAUGUGUUUAUUAGUUUCCACGCGUUGACUCCAUUGUGUACCCUUCACUCUACUCACGCUGCCACAAUCUCCUCCAGCCUCAGCCUCUGUUCUGAUCUUCAUCAUUUGUCUCCAACUUCCUUAAUUAGCUUGUACUUGUGUGAUCUUCGAUAAUUUUUGCAAGGAAGAGGAUAUGGCUGCGCAUGCUUCUUCUGAGAUUAUUAAGUAUGAUGUCUUCCUCAGCUUCAGAGGCAGAGACACUCGCCGUGGUUUUCUCAGCCAUCUGCACAAGGCUUUAGAGGACAAGCACAUCAAGACAUACGUGGAUUACAUGCUCAGAGAAGGAACUGAAAUAUCACACUCACUACUUGCAGCCAUUGAACAAUCAGAAAUUGCUUUGAUCAUAUUCUCCCAGGAUUAUGCUUCUUCCAAAUGGUGUUUGGAAGAACUAGCCAAAAUAAUGGAAUGCAGGGAAAAAAAUGGUCAAAUUGUAAUACCUAUUUUCCAUAAUGUAGACCCAUCAUGGGUGCGCCACCAAAAGGAAAUUUAUCACCACGCCCUUGCUAAUCAUGAGGUGAGGUUUGCAGACAGGGUGCAAAUCUGGAGAGAUGCUCUCAAGGAAGCUGCCAAUUUGUCUGGAUUCCAUUCACCGUCAUCAAGCUUCAGGGAUGAUGCUGACCUUGUUGGUGAAAUUGUCAAACGUGUCUUACAAAGGUUAAACCAAUCACCCCAAGGUGAUUUGCAGGGUCUUGUUGGAAUUCAUGGACCAAUUGAAAAGCUAGUAUCUUUGUGCACGGAAUCUGAAGCUGUUAUUGUUGGACUUUGGGGCAUGGGCGGUGUUGGUAAGACAACUCUUGCGACUGCAGUUUUCAAUAGAUUGUGUGAUGGAUUUGAAGGAUUUUGCUUUUUGAACAAUGUAAGAGAAAGAGCUGAGAAAUAUGGUAUAGAUCAUUUGAAGAAAGAACUUCUUUCCAAGCUGCUAAAGGAAGAAGAUGCAAGUCCCUUUGUCACGCCCGGUGGGAUAACUAAUUUUGCCAAGAAAAGACUUAGUCGAACAAAGGUUCUUGUUGUUCUUGAUGAUGUCAAUGAUUCAGACCAAAUGGAAGAUUUAUGUGGAGGACACACAUGGUUUGGGGCAAGUAGCAGAAUCAUAGUGACAACAAGAGACAAGCAUGUGCUUGUUAAGGCGGAUGCUGAUCAUAUACAUGAAGUUGAGACAUUGAAUUCUGAUGAUUCUCUUCGGCUUUUCAGCCUGAAUGCCUUCAAGCAAAACUGCACUAUAGAAGCAGAACAAGUUGAGUUGUCCAAAAGAGUGCUUAACUAUUGCAAAGGCCUCCCUUUAGCAUUGAAAAUCUUGGGUUCCUUUCUUAAAGGAAAAACUCAACGAGAGUGGGAAAGUGAACUGCUCAAACUUGAAAAGAUGCCUGAUGAAAAAAUCCAAAGUAUAUUGCGAUUGAGUUAUAAUGAACUGGAUCGUAAUGAUCGGAACAUCUUUUUGCAUCUUGCAUGUUUCUUUUAUACAAAUACAGAAGAAGAGCUGAUACAAUCUGUUCUUGAUUCCUGCGGAUACGCAACAACUAUCGGGUUGACAAAUCUUCAUAAUAAAGCUCUUAUUUCCGUUUCAAAUGGUUAUGUGUCCAUGCAUGACUUAAUUCGAGAAAUGGGCCGUGAAAUUGUUUGCGAAGAAUCUCUAAAUGAUCCAGGAAAACGCAGUAGACUGUGGGAUCCUCAGGAUAUCUGUAAAGUAUUGAAAGACAAUAAGGGAACGGAUGCUAUUGAAAGUAUCGAAUUAAACAUGUCGGAAAUUGACCGGAUGAGCUUGCACCCUGAGACAUUUGAAAGAAUGGCUGGACUGAAGCUUGUUAGAUUUCAUGCAGCCGAUUCCAAAAACAAGUUGUAUGCUCCAGAGGGUAUUAGAUCUAUGUCGAACGAGUUAAGGUAUUUUCAUUGGGAUGAGUUUCCUUUGAAAUCUUUGCCGCCUUCUUUAAGUGUUGAGAGAAUUGUUGAAAUCAUAAUGCCCAACAGUGGAUUGCAAAAGCUUUGGGAAGGUGAACAGAAUCUUGUAAAUCUAAGGAAAGUGGAUCUAGAUGGUUCGUCAAGCCUAAUGGAGCUCCCAGAUUUAUCAAAAGCUUCAAAUCUUAGAGAAGUGAGUAUCUCUGGUUGCAAGAGUCUGUGUCAAGUUCCUCCAUCUGCUGUAUGUUCCCAGAAGCUGAAAUACCUGAACGUGAGCAACUGUGAGAGUCUUGAGUCCAUAGCAGAGCUUCCAGCAUCGGUUGUGUGCGUAAUUGCUCGCGACUGCCGCUCCUUACACACUGUAUCUGUAUCUGCUUUGGAUUCUGUGGCUGAAGAGGCAAUCCAGCAGCAGCAAUUUGAGGAUAUAACCUUCAAUUUCAGCAAUUGCUACAAAUUGGAAGAGAAUGCAAAAAACAGCAUUAUGGAACAUGCCUAUGGAAGACUAAAGCGACCACUAGCAGCAGCACCGACAUGUGCUACAACAGCAUGGCUGGAUAAGGAGGAUAAGCACCCGUAUCGUUAUCUGUCAGGCAAGCAGCACAAUCAUCCCAAGUUAAAUGUGUUGUCAGGUGCAGACCCGGGAUGGUUCAGAUAUAUAAACCCACAGAACGGGGCAGUCACUCUUGAUGUUGCCCCAGGUGAUAGCUUGUUGGGUUUCAUCUUUUGGGUCGUUUUUCCUGCAUACUCUGGGAGUUACCAAGUGAGCGCCACUUCAGUGUCAUAUACGUAUUGCGUUGAAGUGAGGAAUGGCCCAAGUUUCAGUUAUGAUGGGCAUUGGAUGCCAGAUGAGGAUAUAUGGCUUAACGAUUACUAUUUUUGGUACGACGGGCAAUGCUGCAUUGACAUGAUCAAGGUAAUGGAAGAAAACACCAACACUAAUAAUAAUAAUAUUCAACUCAAGGUUUCAUUCAAGUUCUUCUACAAUCGUCUUAUUUUGAGUCAGCCUAUUGAGGAAGAUGAUGACAAAGAAGUAGAAUAUUGGGGUGUGCACCCAAUAUAUGCCUCAGAUGUUCGUGGUGGCAUGAGCAUGGAGUCGGUAAAUGAUGUAAAUCUUAAUAUGAAUGUACCGUCUAUUGAGGAAGGUAAUGGUGGUUCCAUAGAUGACUCAGAUGAAAGAGGUGGUGUUUCGGAGUCGGUUGCACUCAUGCAUGGUGGCAGGACGGAUCUAUAGUUCUAUACACAUUGUAGUGGAGGCAACAAUUUAAAAUUAUUUUGAACAUUCUCGUUAAAUUAUUGAAUUGAUCCCACAAUCA